GGGACCCCCGGACACUGGGGCUCCACAUGUGGUUCCAAUGCGAGUUGGGGUCAAAGUAGGAGACAUGUCCCUUCAGGAUACCAUUCUGUGUGAUGGCCUAAUGGACGCCUUUUAUAACAACCACAUGGGUGUAACAGCUGAGAACGUGGCGAUGCAGUGGCAUGUGAGUCGAGAGGAGCAGGACAAGUUUGCUGUACAGUCCCAGAACCGAACUGAGGCAGCACAGAAAGCUGGCUAUUUUGAAAAAGAAAUUGUUCCUGUCUCCGUCCCUUCCAGGAGAGAGGCCCGUACUUCUGUAUCAAUCAUUCUGCGAGGAGCAAAUGAUUUCAUGUGUGAUGAGAUGGAGCGCUCCCUACAUGAUGCACUCUGUGUUGUGAAGAGAGUGCUUGAGUCCAAGUCUUUAGUUCCAGGAGGUGGGGCUGUGGAAGCUGCACUCUCCAUCUACCUGGAAAACUAUGCAACUAGUUUGGGAUCACGUGAACAACUUGCCAUUGCAGAAUUUGCCCGGGCCAUGUUGGUUAUUCCUAAGACUCUGGCAGCGAAUGCUGCUCAGGAUUCUACAGACCUUGUUGCAAAGUUGCGUGCAUUCCACAACGAAGCUCAGGUCAAUCCUGAUCGCAAAACUUUGAAAUGGAUUGGUCUUGAUUUAUUGAAUGGGAAGCCAAGGGACAACAAACAAGCUGGUGUCUUUGAGCCUACUAUGGUUAAAGUCAAGAGUCUGAAGUUUGCAACAGAAGCUGCUAUAACCAUCCUGCGAAUUGAUGAUCUCAUCAAACUUUACCCAGAUGAAAAGCAAGACAAAGGAAAGAGUUACCAAAAUGCAGUUCAAAGUGGAGAGCUUAAUGGCUGAAGCACCUGAGUUCUAAAAUCAGCUAUUAUAAUUUAUGUUUAACUCUUGGCAUCCAUCAGGUGCUUCUUGUACUUCUGUUCUAGAUUGAGCAGCUUGUCAUGCUUGUCUGAAAUUCAGUGCCACUUGUUUAGUGCUCUGUUUAAUUUACUAUGCUUGUUUAGUGCUAUUUGGCACAAACCGGAUUUAAAAGACCUCUUACUUUGUUACCUAUAGUCAACUCUUUCAAGUUAUUUGUGCAAAAUUAUUUCCUGUACAUUGACAGUUGUGCUUCAAGCUCCUUCAGAAAUAAAAUGUGACAGUUGUCAAGUGAUCAGCCCAUCUAUGUAGGGAGCUGUUAAGAGAGCACCUUAAUUUCAUGAAUAAACGUUGAUGUUGUG